AUGCUUUUCCUUAAACAAGCACUCUCCCUUGUCCUUGCAUCGACCUUGGCUAUCAGUGUCUAUGGUGCCCCGGUAGAAGCCAACGACAAGGACAUUGCUUACGCUCUUGCCGAGGCGCCGAAUGGGCAUAGCGAAAUCCAUUCGAUCGAGAAACGCUCACCUCCUACGGAGUUGGAGAUUACGGCGUACUUGACCAAUGUCACUCAGAACAACGACAUCCGUAGUAAGAUCGUCUUCUGGUCGGGGGUGUCCAUUGAAGAAUCACAACGCUUUGCCCGGUCCCACGGCCGAUAUACCCUUGAAAUGUUGAUCGAGGAGAAGACUGAGUGGGCACCCUACCAGACUAGCCAGGAAUAUAAGGGCUACUGGCCUAGCUGGGAUGAGGCACUGAGGAACUUUUGGGACCCUGCCUCGAAGGCGCUAGCUGAACUAUGCAUCAACGACGUCUACGUGUACCUCACACAGGAACGCGCGGAUGAGCAAUGCGGCCCAAACUGUACGAGAGUCUGGUUCCGGAAGGAGAAGCCCGCACUUCUCAGGUCUCUGCACUCGACCGAUAAUCCGAGGGUCCGCAGCAUUAAGAAGUUCAUUAAGGCUGGAACAGGCUCUGAGUACGAAGGAGACAUUAAUAGCCUGUUGGGAUAA